CUGUACUUUGUAGGCGUAACAAAGCCACCUUGGUGGCAUUACUUACAUAAUAACAUGAUAAAUGUCUGGUUAACGAAAAAUUAGGAAUAUAGGAAUAGUAUAGGAAUACUACUACUGCUACCAAUAAUAGAAGUACUAGAUAGUAGUAGUAGUAAUACAUAAAUAAAUGCACGUGUUUUUACACGUACUCAACAUGAAUUAAUAUUACAAAUGUUUUAUGGUUCAGACUGGUUAUGACCGGAAUGUUCUUUCGUCCAAUGAGAGCGUAAGACAGAGUUUCCGGCUUCACUAUCAUCAGCCAUUUUGUUUUAGGUGUUGACAUUUGAUCGUUCAGUUUGGAGAAUAAGUCGAUUCACGAAUACUUCUGGACGGGCUAACGAAAGCUAACGUUACGUCGUUAGCUUUUGGCAAAAUGGCGGCGAACACAGCACAACAAGCCCCGACACCUAGCUGGCAGUAUGGUGGUAAUUCUAAUGGAGAUAACCAGGUCCAUGAGAACCCAGAAUGGGAGAAAGCCCGUCAGGCUCUAGCUUCUAUCACUAAAAGUCAGAGUUCUACAAAGACUGCACCAGCUAAUCUCACCAACCAACAGGCUGGGCAGUAUCAGACAACAGGUACCGACUCUUCUGCAAUGCAGCAACAGCAGCAGUACUAUCAACAGUGGUAUCAGAGCCAGCAACAGUAUGCUGGUUAUUCAUACCCAUAUAACUACUACUACCCUAUGCCACCGUAUGGAGGAGCAUAUCCUCCUGGACAUUAUGGUCUUCCAGGGGCUUACCAGCCACCUACUACCCCCACUGGACAGCCCCCUGCCAUGCCUAUGAUGGAAGAUCAGUCCUCCAGUUAUUCCUCCCAAACACAGCCCCCUCCUUCUUCAACCCCUCAGCCUCCCUCCCAAAGCCCUACAUCCUCUGACCAGACCCCUCCCCCUCCUCCACCCCCUGUACCUCCCCAACCCAAUGCCAAGUACCCCCCACCUCCUUCCCAGAGCCCCUACAGUCCUAACGGAGCCCUACAAUACAGCCAAGCUGAUUCAAACCCCUUGCGGGGCUACAAUGCAGGGCAAAUUCGCCCAGCAUACCAGGGUUACCAGGCUUCAGGAUAUCAGCCCCCCCAACAGCAGGGUCCAGGUCAAUCUCACUACGGAGGGGCUGGCAGGGUGGACGGCAAUAAAAAACCUAACCUUCCCAAUAUGAAUAAUAGUGGCCAGCAGUUGUGGCAGCGCAUGAAACAGGCUCCAGGAGCAGGUGCGGUCAAAUUUAAUAUACCCAAACGUCCAUAUGUUAUGGCCAAUCAGACCUUUCCUUUAGGUGACCAGCCCCCAGGACAGACUUUACCCAACAUGACUGCCACAACCAUGGCUGGCUCUGUGCUUGCAACAGCUACCGUUUCGGCAGGAAAUGCCCAAGCCCGGCCUCAGGACUGGCCACAGGCCAUGAAAGAGUAUGUGCAGCGCUGCUUUACAGCCUGUGAAUCUGAAGAGGAUAAGGAUCGUACAGAAAAAGUGCUAAAAGAGCUUCUGCAGUCCAGAUUACAGGAUGGCUCUGCUUAUUCCAUUGACUGGACUAGAGAACCGCUGCCUGAUCUCAAGGCCAAGCAGUCUCGCUGGGAAACAGUUGCUCAGCGUUCUCAGGACAAUGCUGUCGGGCGAGGCGCAGCCACCCGAGGCAGGGUUGGGGCCAGGCUGGGUAAUUAUAGAAAUGUAUUCUCUCAGAGAAGCCCCUCUUCCAGCUCUUCCCGCUCGUCCCGCUCUUCGUCACGAUCUCCCUCCCCUCACAGCCGAAACAGAGACAGGAGUCACCAUAAUCGCAGUGACUCUGGCUCUCCGUCAGACAGCAGCAUGUCAAGUGAUCCACGACUCCAACUGUCCAGACGACAACAAAAGGGUGGCCGAGGUCGAGGUAGAGGAGCCGGAGGAGAGAGAGGCAGAGGAAGAGGCAAAGCAAACCGAGGGCGGAGGAAUAUGGAAGAGCCCGGCAGUGGUAUUGGUAAAAAGCGCAAAAGCGGUAUUGCAGGUAUAGACUUUCACGACCCAAAUCGUGAAGCUAAGAAGCAGAGCCGGGCUGCACGCUUUAACACCAAACUACGUAGUGAGCCCCUGGUAUUAAACAUUAAUUCAUUUGACCUCCCCAACGUAACCCAGGAGGGGCUCAGCUGGGACGACUGCCCCAUUGUCGGCACCAGCCAGGAUAUCACCAAAAUUUACCUGCGCCUCACCUGUGCUCCUGACCCUUCAACUGUCAGACCUGUUCCUGUACUGCGAAAGUCUCUGAUUGCUGUAAAAUCUCAUUGGAAAGCCAAUCACGAUUAUGUGUAUGCAUGCGAACAAAUGAAAUCUAUACGACAGGACCUCACUGUUCAAGGUGUGCGUACAGACUUCACAGUGGAGGUGUAUGAGACGCAUGCUCGUAUCGCUCUUGAAAAGGGAGAUCACGAAGAGUUCAACCAGUGCCAGACCCAACUGAAGGCACUAUAUAAAGACUACCCUUCAGAAAACGUUGGAGAAUUCACAGCCUAUAGACUCAUCUACUACAUCUUUACUAAAAACUCUGGAGAUAUGACAACUGAGCUUGUGUACCUGACGCCUGAACUUUGCGCUGAUCCGUGUGUAGCCCACGCUCUUGAGCUCCGUACUGCCUGGGCACUUGGAAACUUCCACCGGUUCUUCAAACUUUAUCAGCAAGCUCCACGAAUGGCCUCUUACCUCAUUGACAAGUUUGUGGAACGUGAAAGGAAACUGGCUUUGAGGGCCAUUCUUAAAACGUUCAGGCCCUCUGCGCUGGUGGAGUAUGUACAGUCCAGCUUGGCCUUUCCAGAUUUAGAUUCAUGUUUAGAAUUUCUAACAGGCCUUGGGGUUACACUCAUGCCCUCUGACCCAAGCAAAAUAGAUUGUAAAGUCAGCUCAGCAGCCACCUUCUAGUAUUUAAUGCUACAGAGCUUUUAGAAAGAUAUUAGAUAAGGGACCAGAUGUCUACACAAUAAUGACAUGCACUCAGAGCUGAUUAUAUUUAUAAGAAUACUCUGAUUUAGUUUUUUAACUCUUGUAGAGUGAUGGACUUUCUGACGGAUGGACAGUUAAUAGAUACACUGACUUAGGUGCCAUUUCAAGACCCACUACAGCCUAUAGACAGCCCAUUUUGUGUUCACCAGUCACAAGUGACCAUUGUCAGAAUUAGCUUUGCCAUUAUCCCUUAAAACAUGAUAAAAGCAAACACUGCAAAGAUCUGUUGGAGUCAGCUGAAAUAUUAAACAGAGACAGGUUCAGACAGUCGAGGUUCUCCCCACAUCACAGACAAGGAAACAUUUUUAAGCUAACAGUGUUGUGUAUUCAUGUUUCUCUCCUCUCAAGCAAACAGCCACAGAGCUCAAGACCAGAAAACAGCAUGGUUCAAGAAGAAGGUUGAAUAUAAAGUGAGCCCGUUUACACCUAUCGUGUGACCACAAGUGCACAAUGUGUGAAGACAAAGGCUGAAGCUGCAAGAUCUUCAUUCCAGAGCAACCUUUGUUCAUGUUUGAUGGACUUUACAAAGUUAGCUAUGCUAUAAGCAAGAAGAGGAUGGUUUGUAUGCUCUCUCUCUUUACCUGAGAUGUCUUCAGUAAGUCAAUGGAGAUGCUCUGUUAGUUUUCCUGCAUUCCUCAGCUAUCUAAUCCUCAUAUCGUGUUAGAUUUGGACUGAGAUUUAACAAGAUGAUGUUAACAAGAUGAAAAAUCUGCCUUAAACCAUCAUCAUUCAUGUCUCUACGACACUGCAUCUAAACACCCAAGCAUCAUAAGGAUAGGCUUCCUUGUUUAUUCUUUCCUCAACACCCAAGAACAGCAACUCGGUACAGUUGGCUACAACAAAUCAGAGACUCGCAACCUUUCACUCCUUCCCUGCUGAAGUCUGAAUAGGGCCAGUUUUAAACCAUCCAGGACCACACAGAGCAUGCCUCCUACACUAAGCUUGACCACCAGCACCGGAGAGCCGAGUCCCCCUCACGCAGUGUCCCCGAGCACAGAUCACCCUGAAUCCAACAUGCAGUUGUGCAGCCUGACCGAGAAGAAGCUAGAGCAGUUUCACAGCAAGAUGGCGAUUGUCUCCUGUCCACAUGGUGAUCUCAACUAGUUACCUAACCCCUGUGUGGCCAGCUUUUGUUCCACUGGGGUUUGGAAAUGCAUGGGUUUGUAUGGCUACAUCUCCACGUGAUUCAGCAGGGUCCACGUAAAGAAUGUAUGUGCAUGUAUGGCUGGUAAGAUGGACUUGAUUUCUUGGAUCAUCACUCGGCUUUUCUGCUGAGAUUGUGUGUGGAGGUGUUUCAAGUCAAACAUAUUGUUCAAUAGAGGAAUGGCUUGAUCCGGCUGUCCUUUUGUCAUGGGCAUGAUCAGCAAUUUGAAGUAUUAGUGACACUAAUGAAACAAAAUUACACAAGACCUUUGCACAGUAAUCCUAAUGGAUCUACUCAAUUCAUUUUUUUACUGUGCAGUCGUAAAUCAAAGAUUUAUACUGUAUGUUUGUACCAAAGUCUUGUAAAGAGAAUGGAACGCCAAUAUUAGAUCAUAACAUGUGUUUGCACAGAUUGGUUUGCAGUCAUCACACAAAUUUAACUUCGGCAAAUGAGCUAGGAGCUUUUUGGCUUUUCUGAUUGUCAAACUUUUGUUAAUGUGGUUAUUUAAUGUCCAACCAGCAUAGAUCGGGCUUGAGUCUGAAAUGUGUGUGAUUAUGAUGGUUUGCUCAGGGUGGCUAUAAAAGCUAAAGCAGAACGCAUCCCUGACACCUCAUAGGUGAUUUAUGUACAUAUGUUGAAUGUAAAUAACUGGGCUUGGGAUCCGAUUAUUUCCCUUAUAGUACUUUUGGUUUAAUUUUUGGUUUUGUUUGUACCAUGGUAAGUGUUGUUUUGAACUAUACAGAAAUGUUGAUAGCCGUUUUUAAAAGUAACUUCUUUGAUAGUGACGAUUGGUUUGGAGUUUGGUGGGAAUGAGUGAUUAUGAAUGUUAUUUCAUGUCUUGUCUAGCGGAGGAAGCAAUUUCAGAAGUGAAUUUUUUCAUAUUCAUUUAUAAAAACAUUUUCAUACGAGCAAGGCAGUUUGUGAAUAUAGAAUUACAUGCCAAAUCUUUCUCUUGUUGAUCAUAACUAGCUAGUGCUUAGCAGACUUCUCGGUUUCUCAAAUAAUUUAAGAUCUGGCUCCCUUCUACCUGCCUUUACCCUUCCCAUUCUUGAUCAAACUUUGUUUUCAUCAAGCAUCUUUCUUCCCCUCAGCUUCCAUGCUAUAGUCAUGUCUUGAAUGUUUAAUAAAAUUGAAUGUGUUAAUGGAGACAUUAAAAGUGUUCACAACAACAAAAGAAAGAAUUGGCAUAAGUACAAUUUCAACAUGUUCCACAUGUAAAGAUACAGUCUUUGUGUAUUGCUUGACUGAGCAAGAAACAUAGAUUUUUCUGAUGGGAUUUUGAGGUUAAAUAUAAUAUUUACGUAAAUUGAAGUUUGGAGCAAUUUUUAAAAAAGUUAAGCUUUCUUCCUUUGUUUUUGUUCAUUUUGAGUACUUAAAAGCUUUGUUUUAUUAGGGAACUUGUAUUUGUAAAUUAACCAAUUGUAAUGACAUUUCUGGUUGAUUUAUACAAUGACAUUGACUCUGUUCUCCUCUCCUUCUCAACCUUAUAUUUCAACCCCUCCCAACCCCUGUCCCUUAUUACCAGAUCUCUCUCUCUCUUCUUGCAGUCCUGCACUAUUGGAGCAAAGCAAGAGAUGAACAGAUGAGGGAUAAACCUAUCCAGAGACAUACUGGAAAUGGGCAUUGAGACAACCAGACAUCAGCUCACUGAGAUUCUUCAUUAUAUCUGUUGUCUGAUGCUACUGGCAUAUUAAGGAGAGCUUGGUGAUUUCAGUUUUCUGUCACAUGUUACACUUUUGUCUUUUUACACAUAACAGCCUUUAUUAUGAAACAAUGCUACAUGAACACCAUCGCAAUGUUGAGUUCAUUUUUAGUCAUUCCAUUCAGGGUUGUUUAGGGAAGGUAUAUGUUCAGUUAUGUCUUGUGUCCAUUCUGGUUGACUGUUUUUUUUUUCCACUAGCUGAUUUGUUAUUGACUUUCAGUAUUCUUUUUUUUCUUUUUUUUUUGCUGUUAACUGUUUCAUAUUAGCUUUCUUUUCUUAUAUGGACGAUUUGAAUUUUUGAUAUUGCAAGUUCAUAUAAAGCUGUAGAAUGGCUUACUGGACAUACCUGGACAUAUGGAUAAUUGUUUGGCCAUUGAAGCUUUUGUAAACUCGAUAUGCCACACAAAAACAAAAGUUGAUUUAGCGUUUGUUACAUACUAUAAAGUUUCCUCAGGUCUCAGUGUCAUGUUUGGAUUGCUCAUGAAAUGAUUGGUUGCCCAUAAUGCUUAAUUAAUUUUGGAUUUUAAAGCUAGGAUUUUUUUUCCAAGCAGUUUUCUCAAAUAUUGUUACUUUUUUUUUCUUGUCAUGAAAUGCAUCUUUAGCCUGUCUGGUAUGCUGUUGUAGUUGUGUGCGUUUCCACAGCAGUAUUACUAACAGUACCAUCAGUCUCUAUAAAUGUUCCCUGUCCUAAACCCCUAAUUUACUUCUUUCUCAGCAUCAGCUUCUUGCUUUCCAGAUCAUUUUCGCUUGAAUUUUACAUUUGCCUCUGUGUGUAUUGUGCUCUUGCUCAAAUAAUUUAGCCUUUAGCUGUUAAUUGAGUCUUUGCUUCGUUUCAUAUUUCUUUUUUUCCGGCCAUCUAUCCUUUCUCUUUCUCAAUGUUCUUUCCCUUCUUCCUCUGUGUGUUACGUUCUAUAAUGUGAUGUGGUGGUGGUGGAUAGGUUUAUAUGUGGUCAAUGCUUGGCAGUAAGUAUUUCCACAGGACUGUGCUUGUGAUUUUUUUUCUUCUUUUACAGCUCAACUCUCAAAGCCCUAAUGUCUGCUCUCAUUAGAGCUCCAGGUGUUAAAUAUUGGAGUGUAAGAAUAUACUGCCAUUUGUACAUACUGAGUUGUACAUAAUGUAUCUACUUAAUCUUAAGAAUAAAAAUAUUGCAAAACCAUA